AUGCUGCAAGGAAAGAUUAUCGUCUGGCAUUGGGCUCUUCUUGGGAGCGUAUUGAUGGUUCUAGCCUCUUUGCCUACUGCCCAUGGUUUUGUAACACCUAAUUCGCCCCUGUGUCAUCGGAGGUCUCCCUUAUCGGCAAGCACCAAGACAACAGAUGACGGCUAUGACGGUCUGGGGGAAUACGAUCCAUCAGAAGGCAUCAAGCCGGAACGAGAAGUCGUUGUGGGAGACCCACAAAUUCGACUCAAAGAGAAAGAAAGGGAUGUCACAAGUAUCCUGAGAGAGUUGGCAGCUAUUCAGCAACAAGGACCUCAAAAAUAUUGUAUUCUGGGAACACGUCACUGCUCCUACCUCCACCAACAAAUCGUUGAAUUGCUUGCAUAUGCUCUUGUCUUGAGUGGGAAUCAUGUUUUCACUUCUGGAGCUGGAGGGACAAACGCAGCAACAAUUCGCGGCGCACUCAGGGCUGAAAGAGAAGACUUGCUAACAGUUGUACUGCCUCAGAGCAUGGAUCGACAGACAAAGGAAUCUCAGCAAUUGGUUAAGAAAGUGAAGGAUGUUGUUACCAUGCCACAGAAUGAUGAUAUGUCAUUGGAUAUGGCCAGUCGUAUCUGCAAUUCCUAUCUUCUGAGCCAAACAGACCAAUUGAUCAGUUUUGCAUUUCAUGAAUCAAGUACUGUCAUUGAAGCUACAAAGGAAGCAAAAGAGCUUGACAUGCUAGUGACGACUCUCUUUCUUGACUAA